UGAGUGUACGUGCAAAGCUGAGACAGACGUCGAGUUCGUUGCAGCCGGGGAACGUGAUGGGCCGCAGCUCGUGCUCUCGCCGCGUAAUGGCCGCAUGCCACCAAAACCUGUCGUGCUGUAUCGCACGCUCCCGCGGUAUGCUGCGGCGCGCGGCGACUAUGUCUACCGUGCUGCUCCGCGGGGCGCGGUGCCCAGCGGCGAACGAGGAGAGAUCAGCGCCGAGGACCGCGCACUGCGGCCCGACCUCCGCCUCGCGCGGAGCGACCGCGGCGUGCAGGCCGUCGCUGAGAUGGCGCGGUGGUGUGCCGAGUGGGUGGGGGGCGAAGGGCCUUAAGGACGGUGCAUGUUGUACUUCUACUGUUUUACUACUGCCCGCGUUGCGCAGAGCAUGUUUGGUUCUGCGAGCGCAUAGAAGGGAGAUUGCGAUCGGUGGCGCGGUUGACACCGCUGCCUCAUGUUUGCAUGUAACACAACCUCCCGCGGUUGUCGUGACCUCAACCCAACUCGUCUCCCAACGGCGCUUAUAUCUCAGUCAUCUUAUCACAUCUGCUUGUCCACCAAAACCCUGUCCAGCUCGACUACAUGCGAUGAUAUCAAGCUCAAAG